UGGACUGAAGCUAAUGCAAGACUGGAGUAGACAGAUGUUUCCAGAAUCUAACCAGCAUGGCUCAGAAGUUGCUGAUAAUCGACACAGACUGUGGCAUAGAUAAUGCUCUGGCAGCUCCUGGUGUGAAGGUGUUGGGCAUCACCUGCUGCUUUGGGAACACUGACGUGGAUAAUGUGUGUCAGAAUGUGAUUUGGGUUCUGACAGUCUGUCAACAAACCCAGAUUCCAGGGUCUGCUGGUCCUCUAAUCGGACCUGUGACAGGAUUUAAAGACCACUUUGGCACCUAUGGACUUGGAGAUGUUCUGGAGAACUCUGAGAUUUGGAAAGUGCAGAUUCAGAAAGUGCAUGCUGUUCAUGCUUUAAUAAGACUGGUAAAUGAAAACCAGGGAGAGAUCACAGAUCCCCCUUGUCAAGCACCAGCUCUAGCACAACGACCAGCACCAUUUUUGUGGAAAAGAAGAACAGAGUAAACCAAAACCACAAAUCUUGCAACACUUCUGCAAUUUUACCACAAGUACGGACAUGCAAAGAUUCCACCGGAAGUCCUAUGUCUGCCUGCAGAUAUAAUAUAAUCUGUACAAUCUGAGAUAGCCAAGUAUGGAGUUAUUUUUCCAAUCUUUAAAAUCUGCAACAUUUUCACUGACAUAAAUAAAGACCAUAAAAAGUUUAGAAUACAUAACAGUUUCAUAAAAUAAAAUGUUAUACAUGUUUAUUGUA